AUGUCAUCCUCGGGCAUAGUAGCUCUCGCUAGCCGCGAGAACUCGUUGCACAAUGACACAUUGGGCGCGCCGCUUGCUCCACCCGCUGCGCCGCCAGUUGACGACCUGCACAUGUCCUGGGCAGAACCCACUAGUAAUUUUGGGGACUUUGCCUUGUUUAUUGACAGCAUGGCCAUACCUUACGCAAACAGUGCAAUCCUACCUACUGAACAGCCUGUGUUACAAUUACCAUCCACCCCCCUUCCUGGUGCUCUUGGUUCCCAUGCUGCCAGAAGCCAGGUGCAUCGCCGCAAUGGGGGUGUAUCUGACCCAGUAACAACAGAUACAUCAGCUCCACGGCUGUUCGACGAUUUCACAUCAACAUUCCCCUCCUUCGAGCCUUCCUCCAAGUCGAUUCAAGAGCCGUGGAGGAUCACACAGGAGAAUUGGAAUCAUCUUCUGGUCGAAAUCCAGGGCUUCGCGCCAGUCCUACCUCCGCAAUUCUUUCUUCCCUCGCGCCAUACUAUAACUCGGUACAUCACCACUUACUUCGCUGGCUUCCACCGCCAUCUACCUUUUUUACACAUUCCAACAUUCUCACCAACCAAGUGUCCCGUGGAGCUGGUGUUGGCCAUGGCUACCAUUGGGGCCCAGUCCGCCUUCGAUCACGAAAACGCGAUUAUGUUCUACCGGACCUCGUUGGCGAUCGUCCAGGAGCGCCUGCGCUGUAGGAAGAUCCAGCGACGCGAAAGUUCGUUUCCGACGGCAGAGUGGGUGCCCAAAAACUCAGGAGUGAACCCAGCCCGGUCACAGCCACACACUCCUGAGGGCUCACAACCAGCGUGGACUGCGGGUGCAACGACCCGAGACGAAGCGUUCGAACCCCUCCCCAUCGCACAGACCCUGCUCGUGCUAAUGGCCAUGGCAACAUGGGGAAAUUCGAAGGCCAUCUUCAACGAGGCGGUUGGCCUUCAAAACACUCUCACCAACUUCAUCCGCGAGGAGGAUCUUCUGGAGGCCCCGCCCCCGCGAGUCGCAACCUGGCAGGCCUGGAUCAAAGCCGAGGGCAUGAACCGAACGAUCACAAUCAUCUUCGACUUCUUGGUCUUUCACACGAUUGUCUAUAACACCCCGCCAGCGAUUCUCAACUCCGAGCUCCAAACCCGCCUCCCGUCGCGCGAAGCAGAGUGGGAAGCUGCCAGCGCUGCCGAAUGGACCGCCGCGGCCACCACGCGCUACGCUUCCCCAGACCAGCAGACACGAGUCGAACCGACCUUCCAAACGACCUUCGCCCUUCUCUUCUCCAACCAACCCACUGACACCACCCCAGAAAUCACCUACACCUCCCUCGGUGGCUACACGCUCAUCCUAGCGCUCAUCCAACACAUUUACCUCGUCCGCGCGACGCACCCAACACAAACCCUCCAAGCAGCCGACCAACACGCCAUCGAACGCGCCCUCCAAACCUGGCAAAAGAGCUGGCCACGCGACCCAGAAUCAUUCUUCGGACCCGGUGGCCCCCGCGGCCCAAUUUCCUUCAACGCCACCGCCCUCCUGCGCAUGGCCUACAUCCGCCUGGCUGUCGACGUCGGCCCCGCCCGCGCCCUGAUCAUUCACGACCCCAACGGGCUGGCGGCCGCUAUGUUUCGUUAUUGCUGUGCGCAUGCCGUAUCGCACCCGCGCGACCGCCGGCUCACUCGCGCGGUGCUGUACUCUGCGCAUGCGCUUAGUAUCCCUGUUAAGAUCGGCGUGAAUAUCGUUGCGAAGAAUCAGGCGUUUGCUUGGUCACUUCAGCAUGCGCUUUGUGCACUUGAGGGUGCGGUGGUAUUGAGCUCGUGGUUGAUGGGCGUGCAGGCGCGUUGGGGAGAGCACGUAGAUAGGGAAGAGGAGGAGGAGCGGCGGCUGUGGGCGUACAUCGCCGACAUGGUGGCCGAGGCAGACCCGGCGGGCGAGGCGGGCCCGCUCCGCACGGACCUUUGUACGCGGGUGGUUCGCGUCUGGGCGAAGCUGCUGAGCGGCGAGGCGGUUUGGGACGUGGUACGCAUGAUUGGGCGGGCGUUGGAUGCGUAUGCACGGAUGCUGGAGGGGAGAGGCAGUGACUCUGCGUAG